UGUUUUGCUGUUAUGCAAGAUCAGGAGGGGAUGUUAGUAACUGUAACAUACAUGCAUAGAUAGAUAGAUCCAAAGAAAGGAAGAGCAAGAAAAGGAAAAGCGAAAAAGAAGACGAAAUUUAAAAAAAAAAAAAAAAAAAGCAAAGGAAGAAGAAUAUAGAUAGAUGCCCAUGAAGCUUAAGGCUAAGGCGCCUUUUCUCCUUCCCCUUCUUCUUCUUGUUGCGAUUCAUCAAUUUGAUAUCUAUUAUCAAAUCAUUUUCUAUUUUGUAUGAGAGGACGAGACAGAGAUGUUGUUUUGUAGCGGCGGCGGCGGCGGCGGAUGUUGUACUGCCGCUCAUCUCUUCAAACACUGGUUUCAGAGUUGGCUUCGCGAUUACGACUCUCUCCAACAUUUGGCCCUAAUUCUCAUUUACAUUCAGAUUGGUUGCUCCUUGAUUGGAUCCCUUGGAGCUUUGUACAACGGCGUCUUGCUCAUUAAUUUGGCUAUCUCUUUGUUCGCCCUCGUUGCCAUUGAGAGCAGCAGUCAGCGCCUUGGACGCACCUACGCUGUCCUCCUUUUUUCCUCUCUUCUCCUCGACAUUGCCUGGUUCAUCCUCUUCUCUCGCCCCAUCUGGGACAUUUCCUCAGACGACCGUGGGAUGUUCUUCGUCUUUUCAGUGAAACUCACUUUGGCAAUGCAAAUCAUUGGUUUUAUAGUGAGGUUGUCAUCCUCAUUGUUAUGGAUUCAGAUCUACAGAUUGGGCGUUCCUUAUAUAGAUAGUUUGGCUCCUCAAGAAGCUGAUUUCGAUUUAAGAAGUAGUUUUCUCAGUCCAACAACUCCUGCUGCUGUAGCUAGACAGUGCUCGGAUUCUGAGGUUGUUUCAGGGGGUUCCAUUUAUGAUCCAGCUUAUUACUCAUCUCUCUUUGAAGACGGACAGGACAACAAAUGUCUCCGUGGGGAUCAAAAUUAUGGCAUUUGUGACAAUGGAUCUACUUCUAGUGCUGAAGCUUCUCAGGUGAAGGUGACCAUACGCAGAGCUUUUCAAGCUGCAGAUGAGGAGGGUGCAACAGGCAAGCCUCAAACUGUUUGAAUCGCGAUACAGAUUUGGGAAGAUUAUGGCUUCAUAUUCAUUCCCCCAUACUAAUUUUUUUCAAAAUUCAAAGAAUUCCCUUGAGCUGGGGUAUGCGGCUAUUUUUAUGCUGGGGUGAUACCUGUACAGCUUGUUAUUCCAGCCAUUUCUUCUCGAGAGGAUAGGUGCCAAUCCCAAAGUUCAAAAGACCACAAGAUUGAGCUUCUUCUGUGAGGGGCACAAAGACAGAUUUGCUUCCUGAGAAGCAGUUUCUGGGAGAGUAUGGAUUUGGCACUGGGGUUGUCCUAAGGUCUGACAAGGAUUUAGGCCUACCACGAGGUAAGGGGUGCCGUUUUGCAUGAGGCGAACUCGGAUAGGCGAGGAGGAUCUGGGUGUUCAAAUUCGCAGCGUCAUCUUAUUGGAUUAUUAUCGGUUAGCUCAUCUCAAGGUGUUCAAUUUUUGGAGACCGUAGUUUUCAUUAACAUUAUACAAAAAUUCAUUACUCAGAGUUGGAAUCAAUUUGAGGGUUCGUCAACUCUCAUUCAGGAUUGGAGAUAAUCUAUUUAGAAGUUUGGUUUAAA